UGCUGUUUUGUUCAAAAUGCUCAAUUCUUGAUUUUAUCAUUUAAAAAAAGAAACAAUUUACGGCAAUCUUCACUUGGAAAAAUGAGUGAUGAAAGGUACAGAUUUGUUGUCGAGUGGUAUGAUCCGACUGUUAAAGUCAAAAGACAAUUCUUACUGAGUUUUUACCCCGCUGAUAAUAGCGUUGACAUGUAUGACAUCAUUAGUAAACGAGUGUUUUUAAGAAAAAUGCGUUGCAACACUGUUGAAAUUUCUGAUCUAUUUAUUGGUAGCAUUAUUAAUGUGUUGUCCAGACAACUGAAUAUAAUUGAUUUUGGUGAUGGUAAAACUGCGGAGAAAUUCUCUCGUGAUGUUGAAACAACUCUAAUAAUUAUCAAUGAGUCAGGGUUCAAAAACAUGGGCAAAAUAAUUUCAGUAAUAGAAAAAAAUAAUCUUGUUCUUAAUCGUGGGAAGAUGAUUGAUAAGGAGAAGAGUGGUUUUAACUCGAGUUCUUUUUCAGAAAAGCUUGAAAGGCAUUUUCUUGUGCUCGAAGUUCGUGGAGAAAACGCAAUCAACACUGUUAGAAAAUUACUUAACCCAGACGCCCCCGUGGAACGCCCUUUGAGAAGUGAUUUUGGUGACCUUAGAGAGUUUUGUUUUGGACCAUUGAAUGAGAGUACUGCUUCACAAGAGAUCAAAAUAUAUUUCCCCACAAAAGAAGUGCACUGCAAUACAGUCCUGUACAGAAAUUCAACCUGUUGUAUAAUAAAACCGCAUGCAGUCCGCGAGAAAAUAGUGGGGAAGAUUAUUCAAGACAUUUUGGAAGCUUCUUUUGAGAUAUCUGCUUUUGAAAUAAUGACAUUUAGUUUAUCUACUUCCUCCGAAUUUCUGGACGUUUAUAAAGGAGUUGUUUCUGAAUACAAAGACAUGGUGUCGCAACUGAUGUCUGGACCUUGUGUUGCUCUCGAAAUCACAAACUCAAAGAGUGAAAAAAUUGCGUCCGAGUUUAGAACUUACGUUGGACCGGCAGAUCCAGAUAUUGCUAAAAAAUUAAGGCCAGGUACAUUAAGAGCAAAUUAUGGAACAGACAAGAUAAAAAAUGCUGUGCACUGUACUGAUUUAGCUGAAGAUGCUCUCCUUGAAUUGGAGUAUUUGUUUCGAAUUUUACCUGCCUAGAUAAUAUAAAAAUGAGAUAAUUUAAUUUUUCGAAUGUACAUAUUAUAGUUUUAUAUUUAUGUAUAACUGUUUGGUAAAUCAACUGUGUUGCUAUCACAUUGCACUA